UACAAAUGAACAACUUUGAGACAGCACUCGCAUUCUUUCGUCCUUUUCCCGUCCCUCACGGUUCAUCCUUCUCCGUCGACGAUUCCGGCCUUCUAUCUUCCGGCGAGAUGUCCAAGCGUCCACAGGUGUCGCUCAGAGGCGCCAGCGCCAAGGAGAUCUCCAGGGACGCCCUUAUCGAGAAGGUUUCCCAUGAACGGGAACUCCGUAAUUACGCCCGCCGAGCCUCCGUAGCGGCCCUCUUCAUUCAGCGUGUUUGGCGGCGUUUCCAUGUGAUGAAAAUGGUGACUGAACAACUCUAUGAAGAAUGUGAAAAUCUAUCAAAAGACAAUUUUACUUGCAAAUCUAGUGGAUGGAUUUCUGGAAGAUUUUUAAGACUUUUUCUUUUCAUUGCUACUCAACCAUCAACUUUGCGCUAUAAGAUGCAAUUAAAAAAUGUAGCCUGUAUUUCUACAUGCUUCAAAAUUCUUCUGCAAAGCAUCGAUUCACCUGAAUCAGUGAAAAAUUUCUGCUCUCUAGCUGUGGGUACAGCUGAUGAAAGGUCUACGUGGCUUUAUCAGUCAAGAAAACUGCUUUUGUUAUGCUUUUUUGUGCUCUCAGAAUGUGAUCCUUCCAGACUUGAGGGUGAACAUAUGGUUCCACUUACUUCUUUAGCAAUGCGUUUGGCCAUUUCUUUAACUGAUCCGAAAAGCUGGAAGUGCUGUAAAGGUGAGAAUUUAAAUGAAGUAGAGGCUGCUGCAAAGAAACUAAUAGGAUUUAUGACCACCAAAAAAAGUGGUAGCUAUUGUUGCAUUCGAAAAUACAUCAUGAAGCUUGGAGCUCAAAUUUCUCUGCAAAGCAACAUGACAUCAAAAGCGAGCGACCAUGUCUUGAUUACUGCAAGUGCAGUAACAUUAGCUUUACGUCCUUUUCAUGCUAAGUACUUAGGCCCUGAUGAGGGUGAUGCUGCUGUGAGAGAUGCUUCAGAGCUAUUCUUCACACUUAUACUAACAAUUCCAUACCUCACUCAGUGCCUGCCACCAUUUCUCCUAGCAGCUCUUAAACAUGAGUGUGUACUGUUUCCAAGCCUCAAAAUGUUAUUGAUUUCUAAGGAUAGGGUUUUUGAGGAGAUGUCAAAAUUGGAUCACUUAGAGACAUCCUCUUCUCCACAUUGUGGGAUCUCCUUGUCUGGUUGGGCUCUUGUCAACAUUAUAAACUUGGCCACGGAGAGUCGUGAUAAUCUUUACAGUUCUGGAUGCUUUCUUGAAGGUUUAGAUUGCAAGCUGUACCUUCAUGUCAUAAACUGCCUUUCGCAGAACUUUCUUGGUUUUCCUGGGAAAGGUGGACAAUUAUUGCAAAGAGUAAAUAAUGAUUGCCAGGAGUUGGGUGAUUGUUCAUCUGAAGUUAUCGGAUCAGAUAUUUGCAGUAGGGUAAAGACAACCUAUGUCAGCCUUCUGAAACCUAUAUAUCAGCAAUGGCAUCUCCUGAAACUUCUUGCCUUGGUAAAGAAGGAAGGUCCAGCCCAAGAGAUAAAUACUUAUGGUGCACAUGAGUGUGUUGAGUAUUGUGGGAACAUGGAAUUACAAGACAUAGUAUAUCUUUAUUACGACAUGCUCAGAAUAUAUUCUAUUUUGGACCCUUUUGGGUCAUUAUCUAUCCUUAAUGUGCUUGCAUUCACACCUGGAUUUCUUAUUGAACUAUGGAAAUUAUUAGAAGACUCUAUUUUCCAUGGGACUCAUCAUUUGUCUUGUGAAGAUAAAUCAUGCAAAGCUUUAAAAUCUGUAUAUAACAGUGAAGUAGCCUGGGACAAAAAGCAGAAACAAAUUGCGAAGGAAACUGGAAACAAGUGGGUGAAUGUGCUGCAAAAGAUUGCAAGAAAGUCUGCUGAUGUUAAAGAAUCAUGUUCGAACAAUGAUGCCCUGAAUUCUUCUUAUGCCAGUGAGGAUGAUUCUGAUAUUUGGGACAUUGAACCUAUGAGACUAGGUCCACAAGGUCUUUCAAAAGGCAUGUCAUGUAUCCUGCAUCUGUUUUGUGCUAUAUAUGCACACCUACUGUUGGUUUUAGAUGACAUAGAGUUCUAUGAGAAACAGGUACCAUUUUCUCUUCAGCAGCAACAAAGAAUCACGUCAGUACUUAAUACAUUUGUAUAUAAUGCUUUUAGCUACAAUGCUAGAGAGGCUCAUAGACCUACAAUAGAUGUUGGGAUUAGAUGCCUUCAGUUACUAUAUGAAAGGGAUUGCAGGCGUAGUUUCUGCCCGUCUUCUCUGUGGUUAGCACCUGCCAGGAAAACCCGUAUUCCAAUUGCUGCUGCUGCUAAAGCUCAUGAAGCUGCUUUUACCAAUUUGCAUUCUGGGGGUGUCUCCACUUCAAGUCUGCGUUCAAUCCUUACAAGUGUACCGCACAUAUAUCCAUUUGAAGAAAGGGUUCAGAUAUUUAGAGAAUUUAUUAAAUCAGACAAAGGCUCUAGACGACCUGGCGAAGUUUCUGGUGCUGGUUUAGGGUCUAUAGAGGUUGUUGUCCGUCGGGGACAUAUCAUUGAAGAUGGAUUUCGGCAGUUGAACUCUCUUGGUUCAAAACUGCGGUCAUCCAUCAAUGUUUCAUUCAUUAAUCAAAGUGGUCUCGCUGAGGCAGGACUUGACUAUGGAGGUCUUUCAAAAGAGUUCUUAACUGAUUUAGCAAGGGCUGCCUUUGAUCCUCAGUAUGGAAUAUUUUGUCAGACAUCCACAUCAGAGAGAUUUUUAAUCCCUAAUAUGUCAGCGGGGUUUUUAGAGAAUGGGUUUGAGAUGAUUGAAUUCCUUGGUAGAAUUGUAGGAAAAGCUCUCUAUGAAGGGAUAUUAUUAGAUUAUUCAUUUUCACUUGUUUUCGUGCAAAAGCUUUUAGGCCGUUAUAGUUUUCUUGAUGACUUAUCUGCCCUUGAUCCUGAACUUUAUAGGAACCUGAUUUAUGUCAAGAAUUUUGAUGGCGAUGUUGCGGAAUUAUCUCUAGAUUUUACUGUAACUGAAGAGCUGUGUGGAAAACGGAUUGUUAGUGAGCUUAAACCUGAUGGCAAGAAUGUGUGCGUCACAAAUGAAAACAAGCGACAAUAUGUUCAUGCAGUUGCAGAUUACAAGCUUAAUCGCCAAGUACUCCCGUUUGCCAACGCAUUUUAUAGAGGGUUGAUUGAUUUGAUAUCACCAUCAUGGUUGAGCUUAUUUAAUGCUAAUGAAUUCAAUCAGUUGCUUUCUGGUGGAGAACAUGACUUUGAUGUUGAAGACCUGAAGAUCAAUACUAAAUAUACUGGUGGUUAUUCUGAAGGAAGCCGCACAGUUAAACUCUUUUGGGAGGUUAUUAAAGGAUUCAAAUCAACUGAAAGAUGCAUGCUACUAAAGUUUGUCACAAGUUGUUCUCGAGCCCCAUUACUUGGAUUCAAGUACUUGCAUCCUUCUUUCACAAUCCAUAAGGUUCCCUGUGAUGCACCACUGUGGGCCACAUUUCGUGGACAGGAUGUCGAUCGCCUUCCCUCAGCUUCCACAUGUUACAAUACAUUGAAGCUGCCAACAUACAAAAGACCGAGUACUUUGAGGAGCAAGCUACUCUAUGCCAUCAAUUCUCAUGCUGGAUUCGAACUUUCCUAGAGCUCCAAGUAUUUAUUCCAACUCAGUGGAACAUCAUCGUAUGCUUUAU